GUUUCUGAACCUAGUCAGUAAAAAACUAAAGGUCUAACUGGUUGAAUAUUUGUUUUUCUGGUUUUCAUUUUACAUAAUUAUUUAUUCAUUGCCAAUGACAACAAGUCAAAAUGCUAAGUUGUGUAACUCUUUAGAUGUUUCUUCUUGUUAGUCUAACUAAGAUUGAAUUAUUAAAUUGAUACAAUUAAUAGUGUGUACUUAUAAGAUUUUAGUUGUUAUCACUUGUAAUCAUGACGUUUUAUCUUAGGCCUACAUGACUGAUUUUUCUCAAAAGGUUAAGUUUGCUGAUACCAGUGAUGGCAUUUUUUGUAGAUAUGUCAAAAUCACAGGAAUACAUUAGUUUUAGAAGCAGUGUUCCUUUGAAGAAAAUUGUUGUGGAUUCCAAUACUAGAGGAUGGAAGGUGUAUGACUCAGGACCUAAGACAGUGAAGACUCCUCUAAUAUGUCUCCCACCUGCUAGUGGCACUGCCGAUGUUUACUUCAAACAGAUGUUGGCACUUAGCGCCAAGGGAUACAGGAUUAUAUCUGCUGAAAAUCCUGUCUACUGGACCGUCAGAGAAUGGUGUGAGGGUUUCAAAAAGCUGCUUGAUCACUUAGAACUGGAAAAAGUGCAUCUAUUUGGAGCCUCCUUAGGUGGCUUUCUUGUUCAGAAAUUUGCAGAGUACACAGUUAACUGUCCACGGGUUGCCUCAUUAAUUUUGUGCAACACAUUUGUCGACACGUCUGUGUUUAAUUACGAUGAUUCAGCAGCUGUGUUUUGGAUGCUACCUUCACUACUACUUAAGAAAAUGGUGAUGGGAAACUUUACUGCUGAGCAUGCUGAUCCUAGGAUCAUUGAGUCUGUAGACUUUAUGGUUGAAAGGUUGGACAGCCUGACGCAGCAGGAUCUGGCAUCUCGGCUGACAAUGAACUGUGUUUACUCGUGUGUGGAACCACAGAAACUCAGCUACAUUGAGUCGGUGACCAUCAUCGAUGUGUUCGAUGAGUAUGCGCUUUCCAGCCCAGUGCGUGAGGAGAUAUACAAGUUCUACCCCAACGCCAAGCUUGCCCAUCUCAAGAGUGGUGGAAACUUCCCUUACCUCAGCCGCAGCGAUGAAAUCAAUCUUCACCUGCAGAUCCACCUUAGGAAAUUUGAAGGAACACCCCUGAGUGCAAUAGAAAAUGGGUAUAAACAAAAUGAAAACGAAGAUGAGAAAUUACCUGAAGGAUGACAGAUAAAAUGAUAAGACUUCACAAGUUGCCUUUCAGAGGAUAUAUAAAUUGUGGUCUUGAAACAUUCCUCGUUAUUCUUGUGAUGAUGCAAAAAAUGCCUUUUAGGUGUAAUACCGAGUAGCUUAUGCAUAAACAUAAGUUAUGUUUAAACAGUGAAACUAUUUUUUAUAUCAGAUUUAUAUUUGUAUAUUAUUAUACUUAUUGUUAAGAUGCUUUGUUAGUAUAUUAUUGUUUUUAUUCACAGGGUGCGUAAUCCUCUAGUCGUAGUAAACAUUUUACUAUAUUACAAGAGUGGUUCAAUAAGUCCUUAGAAAAUCAUAGAGAUGGCACUCAUAGGAUUGAAAAAAAAUUGUUUCUAAGCAGCAUUAUUAAUUAUAAAGCUGUCAAAAUUUCAGCUCAAUCCAUAGCAUAGGUGACAAUUGAAGUGAACAACUUUAGUUUGUUUAUAAUAAUAGAGAAAAGUGAGUUUCAAGGGGUGAUGAAACACUUUAAAACUGUAGUCCUAAAAGGAACUUUGUGCCUUCCUUACACCUCUACCUUACACCUUACCUUAGGCUCUUAAAUGCUAAAGCUUUUCCAAAAGUUUAUUAGAUUUGAGGGCUCUUGAUCUCUAAUCUCCUUGGAGCUUAAAAAGUAGGCCCCUACGAAUUUUCUCCUGGUUUUGCAUAUGGCAGGACAAUUAAGUCAUUUUUGCUCUGCUGACUUCUGCUUCGCCGCAUUUGAAACGCUUUUAAUGCAGAAAAAAAUCUAAUCUGAGUUGCACAUCUGCUCCUGUGUUUGCAACAGUUUACAAUUGAGUAAAUGAGUUUAAAUGUGGCCAUUCGUCUACAAAUAAAACAUCGAUCGGGACGACCAGUUAAAGUGUCUACUCAUGAAAUGAUUGAAAAAAUCUGAGAAAUGAUUUUGAGUGAUUAGUGAAAUAAAGUGCUCAAAAUAGUUGAGUUUACAGGGAUAUCACAAGGUGCAGUCGCUUCAGUUCUGCAUAAAAAGUUGUUAUAUUUCUGCAAGAUGGGUGCCAUGUUUGCUAACCGAGGACAAUAAGAAAAAUCGUGUGGUUGACUCUGAGGCUAUUUUGGCAAUCCAACAGUUUUUUUUUUUUUUUCAUCGAUACAUUUCUGUCCAUGAAACAUGUAUUCACUUCUACACUCCAGAGGCAAAAAGACAUUCACAACAGUGGACUUUUGAAGGUGAACGUGUGCCGAAGAAGGCAAAUACAGGGAAAUCGGCAACGUGAUGACUACAAUCUUCUGGGAUGCACAGUGUAUCAUUUUCAUCGACUACCUGGAAAAUGGCUAGACGAUAAGCGGGGUGUAGUGUUCAUCUCUGUUGGACAAGUUCUUUGUCGGUGUGUGUCAAAGAAAAACGCCCACAUUUGAAGAUUAAAAUAUAUUCUUUCACCAGAAUAAUGCGCAUGUGCAUACAUGCAAGGUUUUAGCAGCAAAAAUAGCUGAAUUGAAGUUCAGAAGGUGGUAACAUCCACCAUAUUUGCCAGAUUUGGCCCCAAUGACGCUUACUGUUUCCGAAUUUGAAAAAAAAAUAGCUUGGCGGACAACAGUUUACUUCAAACGCUGGUUGAUAUAGGUUAUUAUUAGCAACGUUGCUCAAUAUAGGUUAUUGAGCAAACAAGUGCUUAUUUUGAAGAACUUCCGAAAUCGUAUUUUUUGGAUAGCUUAAAAAAUUUGGAAAAAGAUUGAAAAAGUGUAUAGAGCUGAAAGGAGAUAAUGUUAAGAUACAAAAAAUUAUUUGUCAAAAAACUAGUUUUUCUCCCUUUUUAAGGACUUGUUGAACGAUCCUUACAGUUGUUCAACAUUAUACUCGUUACUGUUGUAUGUUGACAGUAUAAUUUUACGUUUACUACAAUUUAUGCUAAAUAUUGGAAUGUUUCCUUAUUUAAAAAAAUCUUAUCUCAUAGGUUUAAAUGCAGCUAUAAGAAUAGUAUAAUUUCAUGUUUUAUCUAUUCUUUCAGGUAGCCUGUUCAUAAAAUACUAGCAGUAUAAACAAGAAAGAAACGUACCAAUAUAUAUUUUUAUAAACAAUAACAAUUCUAUACCAAAGUUAUUUUUAUUCACUGUGUUUACAAUUUUGGCUUCUUUGAAUAAAAAAAUACUGGAGAUGGCUUUUGGGAAACUAAAAUGUACCUUUAAGUAAGAAGAAAAUUAACCCAAAAAAAAAUCAAAAGGUAACAUAUUAUUUUUAUGAUAAAACAUAUUUUAUAGUUGCAUAUUUCUUAUAAAUAAAAUUUAUCCACUGUUUUUUUAAACCACAUAUACUGACUCAUAUAUUACAUUUUUUGUUAUUUUCAGAAGCUAUAUUUGUUUACAUAUGAUCUUUUGCAAAUUACUAAUGUCAAGUUUCCACAGUAUAUACCAGCUAGGUUUAUUUUGCUACUUCAAAUAAAAUACGUUAAUAAAUAAACAUUACAAGUUUUGGACCCUCCGACUGAUAAUAAGAAACUUCCAGAAUGAUAACACUGGUUUUUGUCUUUGCGUAGCAUAUUUUUUCAAACAUAUGCUAAAUGCUAAGUACUGUAAUAAGUGUUAUAUAUACAUUUUUUUAUUGGAAACCAGAGAAAAAUGUAAAAUAAUAAAAAUAUGCACUUACUAGAAUAUGGUUUUUUUUACUUGUACACAAAUUGAAAAAUGUGUAUUAUAACAGCUGCAUAGUCUGUCAGCUAAAUGCUGUGCAGCCUUUGGCUCGAUAUCAGCUGACAAGUAAUAUUACGAAUAUAAACUAAAUCAAGUUAAUUGGUGUUUAUGUGUAAAGGAUUCGAAUGGUGCAAGUUAUGUCUUUAUAACUUAAAUGGUUUCUGCGUUAUAAUAGUGGAAAGAACGUCUGGACCGUCGGUCAUCAGUCGGAGGGUUAAAACUUUGCAUGAUAACUUGAGUCCUUUAAGAAUUACAUCAGAGAAUAAAGCCAUAUCUAAAGAGUGAUUGGAAAUAAGCUGCUUAAGUUUAGUAUCAAGCAUGUGACAUGGCCUUAAUACUAUUUCAAGUUUUAAGGAUCCAGCAGGUCCUUCUUAAAAUCGUUUUUUCCUUUUGUCCAAUAACUUUUGAUUGAAAGGUUCUAGAGACUUGAAACAUGCGUAAUGGGUUCUCUUAGGUGUAAGGAUGAAUUUUGGAUCAAAAUGUAAAAGAGCAGCAAAUUUAGAGUCCAGGAAAGUUAUAACUUACAGUUUUGAUUAUUUUAAUCCUAACAUGUUUUAAGCUGUGAUGAAAAUGUUCUUAUAAACAAUGCUACAAGCUCUUAGAUUCUUUAGCUUAAAAUAUUUGUCCAGUGGCACUUACUGCAUUAGUGUUCAGUGGUUAUUCCAAUAAUACUUUCCAAUACUUUACCUUCCAGAACCAAUAUUUACUGGAAAUAAAAGUAGUUGUUAAAAUGUUUACAACCUCAAUAAUUAAAAGAUGAGAUUCUUGUGAGAUGAUCGAUUAAAAACAGUUUAGUUACAAAAUAGUAUUUUUAAUUUAUUGUGAAAUUGUACAUACAAAAUGAAGUGAUUUUUUUAUAAAACAAAUAACUUUUAACAUCAGUUUAUCAUUAAAAAACUAAUUAGGUGCAAGCUUAAUAUCCAACCUUAAUAAAUCUGUAGCCUUCUUUUUAUGUGAACACCUAUGUUUAAAUGUCAUUGAAAUGAAUUUCUUAAUGACCCUUAAAUUGAUUAUACUUAACCUUUUAAAGUCUGACUAUAACAUAACCCAAAAACAAUCCCCAUUACUAGUUACAGAUGCCAAGACAAGAAAUAGAAGCGUGUCAGCCAUGGUGCACCAGCACUGAUGUUAUACCAACAAAGCAAGGCAAUUCGUUAGACACUACUCUUACAUUGUUCAAUGGCCCACUACUGUCAUUGACUGCAAGAGGAAGCCGUAAUAAAUUAAAUAUUAUUUUAAUACAUUUAACCAUUUCCCAUCAUCUUUUCUCAUACAGGCUUUGGCCCUCUCAUGGCAGGUUUAACAAUAAAUUAUUCAUUUUCAAAUUUGCAGUUUAGUAGUAAAGAGCCAAACCCGGUACUUUUACAUUCUUCCAGACAUAAAACUUGCUUAUUGUUUGUAAAUCAUUUGCUUUAUAUGUCUAGCCGCAGAAAUAAACAAGCUUAAUAUUUAUAGUAACUCCCAUACUCUUAUUAGUUAAGGUUCAAACUCGGGUAUCUAUAUUUUUUUAAUUUCAAACCAGACAUUUCAUCAGGCGGCGGAGUGUCUAAAAUUUUAUCUUACAGUAUCAUUGAAUAAAACAGUAUUUUUAACUUAUUUUCUAAAUGCGGUAUACUUCUCGGAGGUCAUUGUUCUUUCUCGCUUUCCUUAUGAUUUUGCGAGAGCUUUUCUAAACACCGUCACAUUUUCGCAAAAUUCGUCAAAUGUGAUCGAAGCUUAAACCCUGCCUGACAGUUUGAAACAGUAUGCAAGGAAUCUGUAACAUGUUUGACACUUAUGUAUAAUAGGUAAUCCAUUCUUUCCUAAAGGAUCAUAUGCAUUUAAAAUUUAAAAAAUAUAUAUAAUUUUUGUAAUACUAAAAAGGGAGGAUAAUUUACCAAAGCUAAAGGGCAAUAACUUUUUUGAGAGUAGCUAGCUAAGGUUGUCAAGGAAAGGAUUCUCAUGGCAUUAACUUCACCAGAAAACAAUUCCCAAUAACAGCUUUGAGACCUAGGCUGUAAGAGUUAAAAUAAUUGCUUAGGUACCCAGACCGAGCAUUAUAAAAUAGUGUCACAAUAAAUACAUAUCCAGGGCCAUACUUAUAGCUUCAUGCCAUGCUUGGAUUUGCUAUUGACUCCUUCAUUUACCGCACAAACACAAGUUACAGAUAAAGGCGGCUAAGAAGGCACUUGCGCCAUAGUCACUGGGAAGGAGCGGUAAAUAGCAAAACAAUGCUAUCCCAUAAUAAUUGAUCUUGGCCAGCUGUUUUAACGAACAUGCUGAUUGUUUUGACAGAGAGUAUUACUAUUUUAGUAUUGAUAGGCCAAGAGCCUUCUUAGCUGCAUUGAUCUAGGUUUGUUAUUUUUAGAAAAGUAGGAGCGGAAUAGACAUUACAGACAGCAUCUUGAAGGUUUUUGGUUUGGUUAUAAAUCAGUUUCAGGCCCGGUUAACUUACAUACAGUGGCCAUUCCAAGGUUUUUCCUUCUUCUUUGGCUGUGGGUGCUAGUUAGGUACUACACCACAAGCAUUAAUUGGCUGAGGGUUUAUACUGCAGUAUUAAUAUCAAAAUAUCAGCUGUCAUAUGGUUAUUCAUGUUCUUUGGUUAUCCAAUAGUACUUUUGUCUCCCAAGCUGCAUUUUGUUAAAUACUUAUGAGUGUUACACAGCACAGUUAGUAUAUGUAAGCUUUAGGAUUCCAAACAAGUACUGCUUUAUCUGUGUGACUGAUUGGGGCAAGUGCCACCAGGAGUCAUAUUUUAUGACGUUAAUCAAAAAAUAAUCAUGCUUUUAUACGUUAUGGAUCAAAUUGUUUAAAUACUUUAUUUUUAGGUAUAACUUUUAUUUACUCUUACUGUUACCUUAAGGCAAGCUUAAUGUUUUGUAAGUUUUUAUAAAAAUGUGAUACUAUUACUU